AUGGAAGAAGCAAAAAAUAAAAGACUAGAUCAAUUGACUUCAUAUGGAAUGAUUGAUAAUACAAAAUUAGCUUGUCAAUACAUUGCAUUAGACGCAAACAAGGGUGUGUGGUAUGGAGAUAAUCCCCUUAAUGCAACCACAUCCGUUCUAGUAGUUCAACUUAUUAUUAUGUUCUGUCUUAGUAGAUUUACCCAUUUCUUGUUAAGCCCUUUCCAUCAAACUCUUCUCAUUGCACAAAUUAUGGCUGGUAUUAUAGUUGGUCCAUUAUUGUUAGGUCGACACAAUAAAAGUUUUGAGAUGUUAUUUCCAGCUGCAAGCAUAAUGAUACUUUCAACAUUUGCAGAAUUCGGAAUGAUUAUUUAUUUCUUUAAGGUGGGAGUGCAAAUAAAUUAUAAGCAAAUCAUGAGGAUUGAAAAACGUGCAAUAAUAAUUGGAGUUUUUGGCCAUAUAUCUGCUAUAGUAUUUGGAUUUUUAGUUUUAAAUACUGUUGAAAUGAUAUCACCUUUAGGAUCUGAAAAACAUGGUAUUCCAAGUUUAAUAUUUUUUGGGUCAUUAACCUCAGUUCCAGUUAUAAGUAACUUGUUAAGUGAAAUGAACAUUCUAAGUUCAGAAAUUGGAAGAAUGGCAUUAUCAACAUCAAUGGUUAGUGAUGUAUGUAUGUUGAUAAUGUAUUUUAUCAUACUAACUGGACUUAAAGUUAUGCAAGACAAAUCAUAUCAAAAUAUUUUAGAGAAGGCUGUAACAUUUUUUUAUUUUGGGUUCGUAUAUUAUUUUUUAAGACCACUGGUUAUAUGGAUAUCUAACCGUGAUCGGAAGGGAAGUCACAUGACGCAAGGCCAUUUCUUGUCGAUAUUAUGUAUAAUUUUGUUUAUUGGGUUCUCUGGAAUGAUUGUGGGACAACCUACUUUUAUGAUUGCCUUUUGGUUCGGUGUGAUUUUGCCUGAUGGUCCUCCUUUAGGUUCUAUUUUGGCUGAAAAACUUGAUAUCAUUGGUUCUACUUUGAUCGUACCGGCUUAUUGUACUAUUAGUGGUUUAAGGACAAGUGUUCCUAAAAUAGUAGGGUCAAAAACAUGUUACAUGGAGGUUGUUAUAAUUGCAGUGUACGUGGGAAAGUUUGUUGGAACCAUAUUACCAUCACUUCAUUUUCAUAUUGAAUUUUGGGAUUCUUUUGCUUUGGCUCUAAUCAUGUGUUGCAAAGGUCUAAUGGAUCUUUGUAUGUUCAACAAAUUAUUAUAUAGUAAGGAUAUAGGUGAACUUCCAUUCACACUAAUGAUAUAUACAAUGGUGGCGAUAACAGGAUCUGCGACUUUAAUUGUUUAUUACAUAUAUGACCCUUCAAGGAGAUACAAAACCUAUAUGAGAAGAACAAUUAAAGACUCUGAAAGAGAUUUUGAUUUCAGAGUACUUGUAUGCAUUCACAAUGAAGAAAAUGUUUAUCCAAUGAUUAACCUUCUUCAAGCCACAAAUCCUACAAACACUUCACCUAUUUCAGUCUUUGUUCUACAUCUCAUGGAAUUAUCAGGCAGAGCAGCUUCAAUUAGUACAAAAAAUGAGUAUGCUCAUAACUCAAAUGCUUAUAAAGAUACCUCAACUCAAAAUGUGAGCAAUGUGUUUAAUAAGUUUCUUUUACAUAACAAAGAAUGUGUCACAUUGCAACUUUUUACAGCAAUUGCACCAUAUUCUAGCAUGCAUGAUGAUAUAUGUUACAUGGCAAUGGAUACAAAAUCAAACAUUUUGAUUGUGCCAUUUCACAAACAAUUGUCAAUGAAUGGAAAUGUUGAAGUUUCCAAUGCUUCAAUUAGGUUUGUGAACCAAAGAGUACUAAACAAAGCUCCAUGUUCAAUUGGUGUCUUAAUCGACCGAAGCCAAAUGAGUGGAAGUUUAGUAGUUAUACACAAAAAAUGUUUUUGUAAAAUUGCUAUGAUAUUCUUAGGAGGCGCUGAUGAUCAAGAGGCGUUGGCUUGUGGUAUGCGUAUCGCCAAACAUCCGAAUGUAAGACUCACCGUGAUUUGGGUGAGAUUCAAAAGGCAACAAAAAAAUUAUAACGUAAAGAGUCCUUAUAUUGAUAUGAUGGAACAUAUAAGGUAUACAAGUAACCUUAAAGACAAGGUUUAUUUUAAGGAGGAAGUUGUAGAAGAUGGUGAAGGAACAACACAAGUCAUUCGUAUGAUGGGAAAUGAUUUUAAUUUAGUUAUAGUUGGUAGACAUCAUAUACCAAAUUCGCCAUGUACUUUGGGAUUGACAGAAUGGUGUGAACUUCCUGAGCUUGGGCCUAUUGGGAACCUCUUAGCAACAUCAGAUUUUACAUUUUCUAUUUUAGUUGUGCAACAACAACCCUUUGAUAAUGAAUAUUUUAGAUAA